AUGCCUGUGACUCUGCUAGAAGGCGGACGAACUGGGCAUUCUGCCUUGAAAUUAGUAUUAAACAUGCAAAUCACUGAAGCACCAAUUUGCUACAUCGCCAAAAAUAGCGCAUUGGCCAAGAUCCUACAGGUAUGCAAAUUAAUUGUUUGGGAUAAAUGCGCAAUGGCCCAUAAGAGGUCACAACCAGCGAAAAAUAAAGAUGUCGAGAAUCUCAAUGCGACCAUUCAGUAUUUUCUUCUAGGACAGUUGGUUUCCUUCAAAUCAGUCGACACCGUCAGGAACCAGGAUGACGUAGUCAACUAUCCGACGGAGUUUUUAAAUUCACUGGAAUUGCCUGGAUUACCACCUCACUAUUUUCAGUUAAAAGUAGAAUCAGUUGUCAUCAUGCUGCGUAACAUUAAUCAACCUCGACUAUGCAAUGGAACAAGAUUGGCUGUGAAAAGGCUGAUAAAUAACGUCAUUGAGGCAACAAUCAUAAAAGGAAAAUAUAAAGGAGAGGAUGUCUUGAUCCCGCGAAUACCGAUGAUUCCAACGGAUUUACCAUUCGAUUUUAAACGCUUAAAAUUUCCAGUACGUCUGGCCUUUGCAGUAACAAUAAAUAAAUCACAAGGACAGUCUUUAGAAGUUUGCGGAAUCAACUUGGAGUUUCACUGUUUCGCGCAUGCACAAUUAUACAUCGCGUUUUCGCGCGCCGCAAAACCGUCUUCUUUGUUUAUUUACGCACCACAAAACAAAACAACAAAUGUAGUUUAUGAGAAACCUUUUAGUUGA